UAAACCACUUACAACUCCAGGCUCCCUGGAAGGGGAAACUUUAGCGUGAGCAGCAUGAUGCGUCUGCGCCCUGCUCUCUCUCCCACCUCUGGGUAGGAUUCAGCCGCAGCUACGAGUGGGUUUUAAGCUCCACAAACAUUUCCAAGUGCAUUGAACUUCCUUUCUUUCCGAGGUAGCUAAAGGAGGGAAGAAUGAAGGCGCAAAACUGAAUCGCAGCUGUUUUAGCAGCCAGAAGAUUUUUACAUCCUGCCUGCGCUCCGUCUGGCGGAGCGCUCUGCAGUGUUUUUAAUGAGUAUCUUGCAGCAAUGAAUUGUUUGUGAAACGACGGCAGAUUUCUUUUUGUCUCUCUUUAGAGAGACCCUGUGCAUUAUUAAUUUCUAGGGGUCUAAAUGUUCAGCGAAAAUGGCUGUCUAGAGCAAAAAGUGCAAGACGGAAAAAGCUCAGAUGCGAAGGGGGUAUUGAAUUUUCUGGAGCAAAGCUUUAAAACCUUAAAAUCUAUAGAAAACAGUCAAGCCCUGGAAAGUCGAAUCAUGAAUUCUGGAGUUGCCAUGAAAUAUGGAAAUGACUCUGCAGAACUGAGCGAGUUCCACUUAGCAGCACUGGCAUCUCUGAAAGGCGACAUCGUUGAACUUAAUAAGCGCCUACAGCAAACAGAACGAGAGAGAGAUUUGUUGGAAAAGAAAUUGGCAAAAGCCCAGUGUGAACAGUCUCACCUAAUGAGAGAGCAUGAAGAUGUGCAAGAGCGUACAACGCUUCGUUAUGAGGAACGGAUCACUGAGCUUCAUAGCAUUAUUGCAGAGCUAAAUAAGAAAAUAGAUCGACUGCAAGGAACUACUAUAAGGGAAGAAGAUGAAUAUUCUGAACUGCGAUCAGAACUUAGUCAGAGUCAGCACGAGGUCAAUGAGGAUUCACACAGCAUGGACCAAGAUCAGGCCUCUGCUUCCCUUCCAGAAAACCAGUCGACUAUGGUCACAGCUGACAUCGAUACCUGUAGUGACUUGAAUUCUGAAUUGCAGAGAGUGCUGACAGGGCUGGAGAAUGUUGUCUGUGGGAGAAAGAAGAGCAGCUGUAGCUUGUCUGUGGCAGAUGUGGACCGGCAUAUUGAACAGCUCACCACUGCCAGUGAACACUGUGACUUAGCCAUUAAGACGGUUGAGGAGAUUGAAGGUGUCCUAGGGCGGGAUCUGUACCCAAAUUUGGCUGAAGAAAGGUCUCGAUGGGAGAAGGAACUGGCAGGCUUGAGGGAAGAGAAUGAAAGCUUGACGGCAAUGCUGUGCAGCAAGGAAGAAGAAUUAAACAGAACUAAGGCCACAAUGAAUGCUAUCCGAGAAGAACGAGACAGAUUACGCAGAAGGGUCAGAGAACUGCAGACACGAUUACAGAGUGUCCAGGCAACCGGCCCAUCAAGUCCAGGUCGUCUCACUUCUGCAAACCGUCCCAUUAAUCCUAGCACUGGAGAACUGAGCACAAGCAGCAGCAGUAAUGACAUUCCCAUUGCCAAGAUUGCAGAGAGAGUAAAGCUUUCAAAGACAAGGUCUGAAUCUUCAGCAUCUGACCGUCCUGUCCUGGGAUCAGAAAUCAGCAGCAUAGGAGUAUCCAGUAGUGUGGCAGAACACCUGGCGCAUUCUCUUCAAGACUGCUCCAAUAUCCAAGAGAUUUUCCAAACACUCUACUCACAUGGAUCUGCUAUCUCUGAAAGCAAAAUUAGAGAAUUUGAAGUAGAAACCGAGCGGUUAAACAGUCGCAUUGAGCACUUAAAAUCUCAGAAUGAUUUAUUGACAAUAACUCUGGAAGAGUGUAAGAGCAAUGCUGAAAGGAUGAGCAUGUUGGUUGGAAAAUAUGAAUCCAAUGCCACAGCCCUCAGGCUGGCAUUGCAAUACAGUGAACAGUGCAUUGAAGCCUAUGAGCUGUUGCUAGCAUUGGCUGAAAGUGAACAGUCUCUCAUUCUUGGACAGUUCAGAGCUGCAGGUGUUGGGUCUGUUGGGGAUCAAACGGGGGACGAGAGCAUCACCCAAAUGCUGAAAAGAGCCCAUGACUGUAGGAAGACUGCUGAGAAUGCAGCCAAAGCCCUGCUGAUGAAAUUGGACGGAAGCUGUGGGGGAGCCUAUGCCGUUGCUGGCUGCAGUGCGCAGCCCUGGGAGAGCCUUUCUUCCAACAGUCAUACCAGUACUACUAGUUCAACAGCAAGCAGCUGUGAUACAGAGUUCACAAAGGAGGAUGAACAAAGAUUGAAGGACUACAUUCAACAGCUGAAAAAUGAUAGAGCAGCUAUUAAAUUAACCAUGCUGGAGCUGGAGAGCAUCCAUAUUGACCCCCUCAGUUAUGAUGUCAAGCCUCGUGGAGACAGCCAAAGAUUGGAUCUAGAAAAUGCUGUACUUAUGCAGGAACUCAUGGCAAUGAAGGAAGAAAUGGCGGAACUGAAAGCACAGUUGUACUUGCUAGAAAAAGAGAAGAAAGCUCUAGAGCUGAAGCUGAGCAGUCGAGAAGCUCAAGAACAAGCAUAUUUGGUCCACAUUGAGCACCUAAAGUCAGAAGUGGAAGAGCAAAAGGAACAGAGAAUGAGAUCUCUCAGCUCAGCUAGUAGCAACAGCAAGGACAAGUCAAGUAAGGAGUGCACAGAUGGCACAUCAGUAUCAUUAACACUAGCUGAGCUCAAAUCUUACAGUGAAAGUGAGCUGACUACAGAAUUGGCAAAUGCACUCAGACGAGAAAAGAAGCUGAAAGCCAGAGUGCAGGAGUUGGUGAGUGCCUUAGAAAGAUUAACAAAGAGCAGCGAAAUUCGGCAUCAGCAGUCUGCAGAGUUUGUCAAUGACUUGAAAAGAGCAAACAGUAACCUUGUGGCUGCCUAUGAGAAAGCAAAGAAGAAGCACCAGAACAAGCUGAAGAAACUGGAGUCCCAGAUGAUGGCAAUGGUGGAAAGACAUGAGACUCAAGUCAGGAUGCUCAAACAAAGAAUUGCUUUGCUGGAAGAAGAGAACUCAAGACCCCAUACCAAUGAAACAUCACUUUAAGAGAUACUUGUUUUCUUUUAAUCAAUGUGCCAUUACAAAAGACUCCUUACAAAACUCAUUGAGAUGGUAAACGCAGAUGUGAAUUGAUUACAAACCAGGCAGAGUUGGAGAUCAGUACCUCACAGAAAGAUUGCAACUUCCACAAUACACAGCCAUGGGCAGGAGCCCCAAAAGAAGUGUUUCUGAAUAGCUGAGCAUACUCAGUGCCUGAUGGUAAAUGUAUCAGUUUAUCACAUUUUCAUGUAAUAAUGUUACUGACGUUAUUACAGAUUCUCUUUUAAAUUUCAAAUUUGUAUGAGUAAGUAUAUUCUUUUGCUUUUAUUCACUGAACGCUCUCUUUGGAAUCUACCAUAACAAUGAGGCAAUGCUAAACACCAGCCAUACAUCGCUUUCAUUUGGAUAAUAGCAUUUCUUUUCCCAUUUUCUUCUGCCGUUCAGUCUGUAUUACCCCAUCUGGGACACAAGAGGUCAAGUAUUAGCACACAAUUGGCUUUUAGGGGAACAGGAGUUACUCUUACUUCAAGAUGGUGGGAAAUCACAGGAAGUUCUGCACGCAUAUAGUUAUUGCAGUGAUGAAGGUUUAAGUGGCUAAAUAGCUGUUGCAUCCCAUUUCAAAAGGAAGAUAUAAUAGAAAAGUGAUUUUAAAUUGGGCCUUUCAAAAUGGAGACUAAACCAGUUAUUUCUUUUUGCUUCUCAUUAAACAGCAGUAAAAAUACAGGCAACUGAAGAAUUUUAUCUCAAACCAACUGGAAUAACUUCCCUGCUACAGCUGGUGCCUCUGUCUUUCUGUCCAAUAGUACCAUUUUCAGGAUGUGCCCACUGUAGAUGCCCCAGGAUUAUCCUGGUGCAUGAUUUGAUAAAACUGCAGUUUGCCAAGUCAGUCUGUCAUGGGAAUAGAAUUCAUAUUAAUUCGGAGACUAACCAUCUAGUGCAGUGUUUCUCAAACUUGGCAACUUUUAAGAUACGUGGACUUCCAGCAUGGCUGGCUGAGAAAUUCUGGGAGUUGAAGUCCACGUAUCUUAAAGUUGCCAAGUUUGAGAAACACUGAUCUAGCAUCUAAAUAUAAGCUAAAUAUAACAAUAUUCCAUCAUUACUGUUGUCCAUUACAAAUAAGAAGUUACUCUUAAUUUACAGCAGCUAUGCAUUUUACAAAAAAAGACCAAGGAGCAUAUUGCCGGACAGUAUCUAACCCUUUGUUCUCAGUAUCUAAAUUAGAAGGUUGUUGCAAGGUAUUCUAGAAUGAAGGGUGGUUUGGUGUAAGAUUCCCAUAAAUCUAACUGCUUCCCAACUUUAUAGCUCCAAAGUAAUAAUAUUCCACUUCACUCAUUUUGCUUUUAUUUUCUGGUUGAAACCAGCCUAAAUUAGAAGGAAUGUGCCUGAUUAAAUGAAUGUAAAUGUACUUGCAAAAAUCUUUUGGGAAAAUUUCCAGCAGGGAUCAGUUAUGGUGCUAAUACUGUCCACUCAGUUCAGUGAAACCAUAUCAGUUAGAAUUAGAGGAGACUGCAAUAUUAUGUCCCUUAAAUCUUAAUGUCCCUUUUUAAAUUGAAAUGUCUCUUUCUAGUCAG